AUGCCAUUCAAACCACCAGAGAGUUCCAAAUGCCCAAAAUGCAAUCAAAGCGUCUUUGCCGCUGAAGAAGUUCCAGCAGCUGGAAAAAAGUGGCAUAAGAUGUGCUUCAAAUGUGGUCUUUGUAAGAAAAUGUUAGAAGCUAUGACCGUGGCUGAACAUGAAGGCAAUGUUUAUUGUAAACAAUGUUACGGACGUAAAUUCGGACCAAAAGGUUACGGUUUCGGACAAGGAGCUGGUACAUUAGGUAUGGAUACUGGUGAACACUUGGGAAACAAGAGUGGAUCUGAGAUGACUAACAAACCAAAUUAUGCUCCACCACCCGGUGUUGCUCAACAAGAAUAA